CUGGAUCUGGGAUGUAAACGCUGCGUUUUAAAAGACAGAUGGAGAAGGGGAAAAACUGUGCGUCUUACACGCCAAGCAAGAAACGACGACGCUCCAGUACUAUCAGCUGCUCAGUGCUGGAACGGUGGACGCUUCCUCUCCGUCUCUGUACUCGUUGCUGUCUAGGACAUCUGGAUGACAAUGCUUCUGCUUCCCGACGCGGAUUGGAAGAAGUGAAAAUGAAGUGGUACUUAGUAGCUUCUCUCCUCACCGUCCUCACUAGCUCUCAGGGGAUUUUAACUACUCUAUCACAAAGCAAUGGCAAAUAUAAAUAUGAUUACGCCACCGUUCCUUUCCUUGCUGAGGUUUUCAAGCUUAUUGUAUCAAGUGUUUUUCUCUGGAGAGAGUGUAAGAAAUCACCUCCUGCGAAAAUGACGACGGAUUGGAAGAGCGUUCGUCUGUUCCCGAUUCCUUCAAUCAUUUACUUAAUCCAUAAUAAUGUCCAGUUUGCUACUCUUAUGUAUGUCGAUACGUCCACGUAUCAGAUAAUGGGCAACUUGAAGAUUGUCACUACUGGAAUCUUGUUCAGGUUGUUUCUUAGGAAGAAGCUCUCUAAUUUACAAUGGAUGGCCAUUGUUUUAUUGGCUGUUGGAACAACCACAAGUCAGGUCAAAGGAUGUGGAGAGGCUUCAUGUGACUCCCUCUUUUCAGCACCAAUUCAAGGAUACAUGUUAGGAAUUUUGUCUGCUUGUCUUUCAGCAUUGGCUGGUGUUUAUACAGAGUUCUUGAUGAAGAAGAACAAUGACAGCUUAUACUGGCAGAAUGUACAGUUGUACACGUUUGGUGCAAUCUUCAAUGUGGCACGGCUUGUGUUGGAUGAUUUUAGAGGUGGAUUUGAGAAAGGACCUUGGUGGCAAAGGCUGUUUAAUGGAUACAGUGUUACAACCUGGAUGGUUGUGUUAAAUCUAGGUUCUACUGGGCUUUUGGUUUCCUGGUUAAUGAAAUAUGCUGACAAUAUAGUUAAGGUGUAUUCCACAUCGAUGGCAAUGCUAUUGACAAUGGUUCUAUCUGUGUUCCUCUUCAGCUUCAAGCCAACAGUUCAGCUUUUCCUGGGAAUCAUUGUUUGCAUGAUGUCACUACAUAUGUACUUUGCCCCUCCAAAUGUGCUUGUAGACUUGCCUUCAACAGUUAGAUCAGAUCCAGAGAGUCUUGUCAACGUACCAGUUGAUCGUAAAACAGAUUCUUGAAGAUCAGCAUCGUUUCUGAACUACCGACAGCUACGGUGCAAAUCAAACCACCAUAAGUGGUUGAUGUUUUUCUGGUUACCAACUUUAGUUUAUAACCAGUUAUUUUAGGCUGCAGCUCUGUUAACAACACAGUGACCAGUGGCCACCUCAAUGAAUCGUUUCAAGCAGGUAGGUAUUGAAUGCUGUUCUAUUGGUGGGGCAAAUGCCUGCCAUUCAUGUUCUUAAUAGAGUCAAUGUGUGGACUAGAAGGAUUGGAGGACAAUUACUUGAAGGUUGCAUUGAAGAGCCAUGGGCAA